AUGGCCAACGUCGAUCCUAAAUCGAGCGCCUCUACCAGCAAGAUUGAUCUCAGCGACUCCAUGUACCAUAGCGACGGAGUCCCAGGACAUCAGCCUCGAGACAUGACUAGAGAAGAUGAUGCCAGCUUUCUGGACCGUCUCAGCAAAGCUUUCAACAACACUCCUCGCCUUGUCGCUGCCCUUGGUGAGCUUCCUCAACUUCCUUCUUCAUCUCGCAAUAUCCUUUUGCCUACCCAAAUUCUUGCUAGCUUGGACUUAUAUGUCUGUUCCAAACCCAGACNNUCUCAUGUCGAGUUCAUCAACGAGCCUCCCCGCGACUAUGCAUCCUUCAUCCGCGCCGAGACUUACGAUGACGGCCAGAGAGUUGACAAGUUCAUCUACGGACACCCUAGUGGCAUGUCCUACACUUCGCUUACUUCGUUUGCUGAGCACGUUCUCAUGAUCAUCAAGGGCGAGCUCGACAAGUGCACUUGUGUCAACUGUCAGGGUGUACCUGUUCCUCAGCCUCGUGCUGGCUCUUGA